GGGAAACACAGCCGUUGUGUUUGUCUCACCUGUCAUCCAAUCGUUUAUCAAACAAAGUAAAGUGUUCACCAACAAUGGGGUUGGGCCAAGAAAUGUGUUGGCCAAGUUACCAAUCCACCGGUAUCGCCAGUCCCCUUUCGCAAGUCCUUGAGCCCUUCACUUGUCGAUAGCUUUAAAUAUGUCAAGUCAAGGGUUCCUCCACUUUCUCUCUAGGUUGAAGCAACCUAUCCUCGCCAAGGUUCCCCAAGAUCUGUCAUCUCGACGAAGCUCGGUUCACAAUGUCGGCCCCCGAAGGCUACAUUCCAGGAUUCGUCUGCACUCUGGACACAUGCUCCGUCGAACAAUGGGGCUUCGUCCGCUACCGACCGAGUGUGGCCGGAAAUGUCCUCUUCCUGGUGAUUAUGGCCGUGCUCGCAUGCGGUCAGAUCUUUCUCGGCAUAAAGCACAAGACAAAGGGCUUCAUGAUAGCUAUUUGCCUUGGCUUGUUGACGGAGACCGUUGGAUACAUCGCCCGGGUUCUCUUGAAUGGGAAUCCCUUCAGCAGAGACUACUUUUUGUGGUACCUCAUUACUCUGACUAUCGGUCCCGUCUUCAUCGCGGCAGCCAUCUAUCUGACUCUGGGGCGCAUCGUCGUGGUCAACGGGGAGGCUAUUAGUCGAAUCAAGCCUCGUUCGUACACAACGUUCUUCUUGGGAUGCGAUAUCGUCAGCCUUGUUGUCCAGGCCGUCGGUGGAGGCAUUGCUGCGUCUACGCCUUUGGAUAAUCCACACAUGAUCGAUGUGGGAACAAACAUUCUGGUCGCUGGCCUGUCGAUUCAGGUUGCUUGCCUGUUCGCAUUCACUGCCUGCAGUCUUGAGUUCCUCUGGCGCGUAAAGAAGAACCCAGAGAUGCGUAAUCCCAAGUUUACCGAUCUGGUCAACAGCAAAAAAUACAAAUUAUUCUUGUUCGCACUCUUCGGUGCGACAGCAUUUUUGUUUAUACGAACUGUCUUCCGUUCCGUAGAGCUCAGCGAGGGUUUUGGUGGAAAGCUUGCCAACCAAGAGGUUGAGUUCAUGAUUCUUGAUGGAACCAUGAUUAUUCUAGCAUGUUUAUGCUUGACCAUUUUCCAUCCAGGGUUUGGGUUCGGAAAAAGAUGGAACGAGGCUAAAUUCCGCUUCCGUACCUCGAAGACAAAGAUCAAUGCGGAGGAAACUCCACAAACCAUCACUCCUGGCGGCAGCGAAAAGGUCGCGCCGGAGACGUCUGCAGAGAGGCUGUGAACCUAUGGUUUGGGAAAUUGCAACCGCUUUCAAGUUGCAGAGGGUUAACGAGAUCGAGAUUGAGGUUCAAACUUUCUAUACGGAGGAGACAGAUACUUUUCGGAA